AAAGAAAUGCCCCACGCUAUGCAACAGAGGCCACGGUGAACCCGGCUAUGAAACGGUAGAGUGGCACCCCCCACCUUUCUUGGUCCCAACGGCUCCGCAACCGACCACGUUGGCUGGCACCUUCGCUUACUGUCGUUCUCAUACACUUCUUCCUCAAUCCUCUAUAUCUUCUCCACCACCUCAGUCUCCUCUAUCAUUCACAACAACCUUCUUUCUGUACAGACCUCUACUACUCCAUUUCAUAAUGUUCUCAACUAGUGAUCAUCACAUGCUUCACUGCCCACCACGGCCGUUGCCUUCACUGGACAAGGGGUGGAAAUCCAACACUGAACUUGCACCCAGCUGUCCUCGCUGCUCCUCUCCCAAUACCAAGUUUUGUUACUACAACAAUUACAGCUUGUCCCAGCCCAGGUACUUCUGUAAGGGCUGCAGAAGGUACUGGACCAAAGGUGGGUCUCUGAGGAACGUUCCGGUGGGUGGCGGGUGCCGCAAGAAUCGUCGAGGGAAGGCCGUGAGGGUGCCGCAGUUGGAGCGGGGUUCCGGGAAUUAUGGCUCUGAUGCUCCGCCUAGUGGGGACUCGGUGGUGGUGGUGCCCCCUGGUCGGACGGGUGGGGCGGAGAUCGACUUGGCUGUGGUUUUUGCCAAGUUUUUGAAUCACAACUCUGAGUUUGAGCCUGAGGUUGCUGGUUCGGCACUGUCUGAUCAAACUGAUGCAGCUGGGAACGUGUUAGGGGCGUUAAACUCGGACGCCCAGCAAGAAGACAUGGCAAUGGAGUGCGGGACGUCGUUGGAUCUAAUGGGAGAAGUCCAGUUUCUUGAAGGCCACACACAGUUGUUUGAUGGAGGAGAGAAGCAAAUACAAGAAGAGAGAAUUCAAGAGUUCACUAGUCAUGAUGAUGCCAGUGCAUAUGGGGUGCCGACUCUACUGAGCGAUGAAGCAGCACAAGAGGUUUUAUGGUCAGAUGCUCAGACUCUGCAAAACUUUACAUGGCAGCCAGUGAUGCAGUUGCAAGAAUUCGAAUCAGUUCCAUCCUAUGAUCAUUCCAAAAUGUCUGCAAAUUUAAUAGGCGAAUUUUGGAGUUCUUUUUGAUCUUUCAGGUUACUAGAUUUUCUCAAGGCCUUGAAACCAAUUCACUGAUUUUUUUCUCUCCUUAUAUAUUUAUGUCUUCUUCAUCUUU